AUGAGACGAUUUCCGGCGUUGGCCCCCAUCCGGCUGGUGCUGUUGGAUGCCUUUGAUACGCUCGUCACCCCAAGAAGCGCGCCUCAUCUGCAGUACGCCGUGGUUGCAAGGCAGCAUGGCUUGCGAGUGGCGGACAACGAGGUGAAGGCCGCCUUCAAGCAGGCUUUUCGCUCAACAUCGCUUCAACAUCCCAACUAUGGUCUGGAGACGGACAUUGCAUCGCCCGACGAAUGGUGGCAGCUGGUGAUUCGACGCACGUUUGCGCCUCAGCUUCACACGCAAAUCACCCCAGAACAGUACAAUGCCACCAUCGAUUCGCUCUCUCACCAACUGGUACAUCGCUUUGGCACCAACCAGGCGUACGAUAUGUUCCCGGAUGUGAUUCCCGCGUUGCAGCGCCUCGCCCAGCUGAGAUUCAAAGACAAACAGGCCGUGUCGCUGGCGCUAGCCACCAACAGCGAUUCGCGUAUCCUUUCGGUGCUCAAGAGCUUUGGACUGGACCGGUUCCUCCAACUCGACACACACGCCACCCCGGCGCCUUCAUCAACGUUGACAUUCGGCCCGACCCUUUCCUAUUUCGAGAAAUGCGCCAAGCCAGACCCACGCUUCUUCCAAGCCGCCGUUCGUCGUGCUGCCAAGUCGACAUUCAAAGCUGCCGACGUCCUGUACGUCGGCGACCAGCUUCACGAGGAUUUCUGGGGAGCCACUGAAGCGGGCCUGCAAGCGGCAUGGCUACAACGCCCCACCACACUCGAAAGCAACCAGCCAUAUCAGCAAGUGAGCCAAGAUCGCAACAGCGACCAGGAACAGGCCUAUACCAAGGAGAGGACCAUCACAAGCCUCUCGGACGUCGUCGACAUUGUCACACAAAGUCACAAUCCGUUGUGA